AUGGCGACUUCUGAUCGUCCUCGAUUCUUUUGUACCCGCCCUGAUGGGACUUUGACCCCACUGGUGGCCGUCGAUGAGCUGCCCACUGACAUCACUAUCCGUGGCGUUUCUCGCACCCUCAAUGCUGGAGAGACUCAGGGUAUGACCAGCUGCGGUCUAGCCACCCAGCGUCCCGAGCCUUGGUUUGUUGACGGGGUUACCCAGUCCUCUGGAGGUGAGGCUGGCAAGGAGCCUCUUCAUGAUAUGCACAGCCUUUUGCUGCAGAUGAUUACCAACAACAACAUUCCUGAGCCCAUGCGUGUUUCUGCUCAGGCUAUCCUGUUUCAGGGAGUUGACCGCCACGGCCUUUUCGGCGAUGGCACUCCUAACGGUGGACUGUCUCCAGUUGCGCCAGCGUUCUUCACCAAGAAUUCCCAGAUGGGCAAUAAACAUGUAUGGUUGGGUGCUCCUAGCAUCUUAUGGCUUAUGUUUUUAACUCUUUUCGCACAGGCCCCAGUUUCCAAAAAGGAGUACUGUUCUUACUGGAUUCGCCAUGGUGAAUGCGAUUACUCGCAACAGGGCUGUCUCUACAAGCACGAAAUGCCGGUCGACAUGGCCAUGAUUGAAAAGCUUGGCCUGCGCGACAUCCCCCGCUGGUACCGUGAGAAGUACAACGUACCCAGCCUUUUGCAUUCAAGCCAGACUCGUCCUCAGCUUGCCAUUGCUGACCAGCCAGCUAUGCGAGCUCUACCAUCACCAGCUUCGACCAUCGACGAGAGCUGCGGUAGCAAGGUUUCCACUAUCAAUGCAAACCCAAAGGGUACCAAGUCUUCCCCUCAGUUCACCAAGUCUCCUCCCCGUGGACCAGCCAACCGCGGAACUCACAACGGUUUCGGCAACCACCAGCAUCGUGGGGGCCGCAAUGGAGUUUCCAACGGACAUCAUGGUAACAACUGGAAAGGCACCCACCGCGGUGGACGUAACCGCAACACGGGCUAUGUUCGUCCAACCAUCAGCGGCGAGCGAAGUGGCGAGUGUUCCCCCGGUAUGGGAUCUCCCCGAGCCGCAUUCGAUUAUGGAACUCAUGGAUUUGGCGGCAAUCAAGUCUGCACUCCGGCUACCCCAGUCACUGCUCCGGCCACCGUUCCGAUUACUUUUUCAGCUACUGGUCAUGCUGGCGUCCCCAUGGCCCCCCAUGCGAGCCACCAAUCUCUCUUGGAUGACGGUAAAUCUCGCAACCGCAACUUGUAUUGGCCACUCAAUGAGCUGACCGAAUGCAAUGAAGAUAUCUUCGAGGAUCGUUCAAGCAAGCCUAUUGAACCCCAUCGCCAUCAGCCUCUCCACCUUUACCACGGUUCUACCCCUUCUUCCGAUGGCGGUGUGAUGCUCCCCACCGUGAGCUACGAUUCGUCCUUCGGCACAUUCGUACCCCCCCGCAUGAAUUUUGGGCCCUCGACUCCACGGCUCGGAGAUCUUCAUAUCACAGACAACAUGCCCCUCAACUCGGCCGAGACUCGUGUCACUUGGGGUCCCAUUGGAGGUCCAAUCCUCAAGCGCACUUCUCCACCAACUGACAGCAUUGCGGAGCUGUUUGGACCUUACUCCAACAUUCCCCAUAGCCACUAG